AUUCACGCGACCGCUCGGACGCAACUCAUCAGCAGAUCUCGAAAUCUCUGAAAUAUGUUAUCUAAAAUGGCUUUAAAGGGUAUUUCAUCCCUGUUUUAUGUGUGCUAGUUAUGUUCUGUUACUGUCGUAUCGCUCCCAUUCGGUAUAUUUGGUCGGAAAAUGUUUAUGCCAAGAUCUCUGAAGCUCAAGAGAGCUUCUGAGUCUCAACAGCAGAACCCCAAGAGAACCAAAGUGAGAUCAGAAGACACCGUUUCUACAUCUCCGAUCACUCAUGAGAUCUGUCCUCCAGAUGAGACUGAGAAUAAAUCAACAGAUCUGAACAUAGGCACCUCUACCUCACAUCAAGAUGAGAGUGAAACAAUAAAUGAACCCAAUCAGGUAGAGACGGAAGAAGAAUCAGAUGAGGAAGAACAACCUGUGAAGUCCUUCAAGAAGAACCAGAGAUGGCCUGAACCCGGAGAGCCUGUUUGUAUCAUGUGUGGUCGAUAUGGAGAAUACAUCUGCGACAAAACUGACAAUGAUGUCUGCAGCCUUGAGUGUAAAGCCAGUCAUCUGGCUAAAAUGUGUAUAGACUUUGGAGAAAAAGUCUUUUCUAAAGAUCUACAGCAGGGUUCAGACACUAGCAGCACUGCUGCACAUGAGCUGGGUUACUCCUACAAGGAGGAUCCGUUCAUAUCUGAACUGACAGAAGAACAGAUUGUGAGAGUUAAAACAGAGCUGGCUAUCGUGACACAUGGCCAGGAGGUCUGUAGACCAAUUAUAGAAUUUGAGCACUGUAAUUUUCCUUCAGCACUCAGGAUGAAUCUGAAGAAGGCUGGUUAUGAGGCACCGACUCCCAUUCAGAUGCAGAUGGUUCCUGUUGGUUUAACUGGGAGAGAUGUGAUUGCCACUGCAGAGACUGGUUCAGGAAAAACAGUUGCCUUUCUUCUACCAGUGGUCGUGCGUGCCCUUGAGAGCCAAACUGCGUCUCCGUCUUGUCCCACGUGUCUCAUCCUGACCCCAACCAGAGAGCUGGCCAUUCAGAUAGAGAAGCAGUCGAAAGAGCUGGUGAUGGGUCUUCCGAACAUGAGAACUGCUCUCCUAGUGGGUGGGAUGCCUUUACCCCCUCAGCUGCAUCGACUCAAGCAGAAGAUCAAGAUUGUAAUUGCCACUCCAGGACGCCUCCUUGAGAUCUUGAAACAGAAAGCUGUACGGCUGGAUGAUGUCAGGGCCAUUGUGGUUGAUGAGGCAGAUACCAUGCUGAAGAUGGGAUUCCAGCAACAGGUUCUUGAGAUUUUGGAGCACGUCCCCGAAGACCGUCAGACGCUUUUGACGUCAGCCACCAUUCCCACAGGAACGGAACAGCUAGCAGCUCGUCUAACCCUUGACCCUGUGAGCAUUACCAUCGGACAGAAGAACCAACCCUGCGCUAACGUCCGACAGAUAGUCCUCUGGGUGGAGGAACCUUCAAAGAAAAAGAAACUUUUUGAGAUUUUAAAUGACCGAAAGCUCUACCAGCCACCAGUAGUUGUAUUUGUAGACUGCAAGCUUGGAGCAGAUCUGCUGUGUGAAGCUGUGCAGAAGGUCAUGGAAUUAAACACAGUCGCUAUCCACUCGGACAAGACGCAGUGGGAACGCAACAAAAUUGUAAAGGGUCUUCUUGAGGGCCAGUUUGAAGUGGUGAUCAGUACUGGCAUUCUUGGCAGAGGACUGGACCUGGUUAAUGUGAAGCUGGUAGUGAACUUUGACAUGCCAGCUAACAUGGAUGAAUACGUUCAUCAGAUUGGUCGAGCAGGUAGACUGGGCCACAGAGGCACAGCCAUCACCUUCAUGAACAACAACAACAAGCGCUUGUUUCUGGACAUUGUGAACAGGGUAAAACCCACCGGCUCCGUACUGCCACCACAACUCCUCAACUCCCCCCAUCUGCACGAACAGCAGAGGAGAGCCAAACAUAGAAGCAACCAUGGAGAAGACAUUGUUGUAUCCAAAAGCAACCUUGUUGACAUCAUCAGGAGGCAUGACAAAAGCUCGGCGAAGAAAUAGCAAUGAUAAAAAUGUAUAACAUACAUGAUUAUUUGUUGUCGUUUUUGUAAAUUGUAUUUUCAAUAAAUGGUCCAGCCAGCUUACUGCCUGCUUGACAGUUCUUUUCCAUUUCAAGUUCAUGCACAAAAAACAUAUUAUUUUUGGCCUCUUUUCAUAAUGUGCUUGUAUUGGUGAAUCUUACAAAAACAUUUGCCGGUUACCUAAGAAAAAUAAGCCAGUUUUUAAGGCCAUUAAAUAUUUAGUAAUUUAAAUAUUCUAAUAUUACAGAUAUGAAAAUGAGACUUUUCUGUAUUACAGGAAAAUGUUAUUUAUUUUUUUGCAUUGUGACAUUGUCAUGACAAACAAAUUUUUUUUUCUCCAGUUUGAAUGUUUUGAGUUUGUUUUUAAUUCUCAUUAUUCUCGAUGGUUCUGUGAAAUUCUCACUGUAUUAACGACCGUAAUAAAAAUACAGUAAUAAUACCCAGGCACAAUGUUUUUCUUUUAAUUAAAAGAAGCAUAUAUAAAAUUCAGUACAACAAAUACUACAAUGAUGUAUGAAUGCUCUUAUAUACAGUAUGUUUAUUGUGUAAAUACUGCAAUUUUAAAAAUAGUUUAUAUAAAUAUGUAUAUAAAAUGUAUUUAUGUAGUUGUGAUGAGGAGGAGGGCGUGGCCGGCCCCCGAGAGGAUUCACACCUGGCAAUGAGUUACCCAAUCAGCGGGAGAGAGAUAAGAGGAGCCGGGGAUGCCAGAGAGAGAGAGACAGAUGCACAGCAGUGUUUUGUGUGUGCACUUUUGUUAUGUUUCACUUCAGUGUUUUAUGUUGAAUUAAAGUUUUGUUGUUUGU